AGAGCUCAGACUAGGGCAAGAGAGCUUGUGACCUGAACGUCUAGCUCUACCCCAGGAUGUGGAGACCUCUCAGCUUCUCAAUACUGCUAGCCCUCGCAUGGAGAGGAUUUGCCGGCCGCUGCCCCCGGAUCUGUGUCUGUGACAACAUCAGGAGACACGUCUCAUGCCGGCGCCAGAACCUCACGGAGGUGCCAGUCACCAUCCCGCAGAUGACCCAGAGAUUGGAUCUCCAAGGCAAUGCCCUGAAGGUGAUUCCCCCUGAGGCCUUUCUGCAGCUCCCCUACCUCACUCAUCUGGACCUGAGGCACUGUCAGCUGGAGCAGGUUGCAGAAGGGGCAUUCCGCGGCCUGGGCCGAUUGGUCUACCUCAGCCUGGCCUCCAACCGCCUCUCGGUCCUUUACCAAGAGGCCCUGGAUGGGUUGGGAGCCCUGCGGCAGCUGGAUCUGGAACACAACCACCUGGAGGAGAUCCGCCCGGGAGCCUUCAGCCAGCUGGGGUCCCUGGGCCGCCUCAGCCUGGCCCACAACUCGCUGGUUUACCUGCCUGACAUGGCCUUCCAGGGACUGCUCCAGAUGCGGUGGCUGCGCCUCUCCCACAAUGCCCUCCACGUCUUGGCCCCCGAGGCCCUGGCUGGCCUGCCCGGCCUUCGCCGGCUCAGCCUGGAUCACAACGAGCUGCAGGCCCUGCCCGGGGAGGCUCUGUCUCGCCCCGAUGGCUUGGUUCAGCUGGAGCUGGGUCACAACCCCCUCACCUACUUGGGUGAGGAAGAUGGGCUGGCCCUGUCGGCCUUACGAGAUCUGGCCCUCGACCACGCUGCCCUGCAGGACGUGGGCGCCGGGGCCUUUGCCCGCUGCCCCCACCUCCGAUCACUGGACCUCCAGAGCAACCAACUGGGGGGGCUGCCGCCCCUGGAGGGGGUAGGCCAGCUCCGGAAGCUCAACCUGAGUGGGAACCCGCUGUCGUGUGACUGUGCUGCCAGGCCCCUGUGGGAAUGGGUGGCCAAGACCCGGGUACAGACCGACGGGCUGUGUUCAGAGCCCAGGCGCCUGAAAGGAGAAGCUCUUGAGUCACUGAGGGCCAAGGAUCUAUACUGCCGGAGGCAGGGAGACAAGGAGAAGGAGGCAGAGGAGGGGGCCCCCAGGCCCCGGGCCCCGACUCGGGCCCCAGAGGAGGCCACAGCAGCCACCCCCUGCCCAGCAGCCUGUGUCUGCUCUGCUGCCUCCCAGCACAGCAGCUGUGAGAACAAGGGGCUGAGGCGCAUCCCCUCCGGCUUCCCCAACCAUACCCAGCUCCUGGACCUGAGGAGAAAUAACUUCUCUUCCAUCUUGCGCGGCUCCUUCCCUGGCCUGGCCCAGCUGGUGUCACUGCAUCUCCAGAACUGCAGCAUCACCCACCUGGAGGCAGGAGCCCUCCAUGGGUUGGGUCAACUGGUCUACCUCUACCUCUCUGACAACCAGCUCUCAGGGCUCAGCGCUGCUGCCCUGCAGGGCGCCCCCCAGCUCCGUUACCUGCACCUGGAUGGGAACCACUUCACCAGGCUACCCAGGGCUGCCCUGAAGGCGCUGCCCAGGCUCUUCUCCCUCCACCUAGAGCGCAAUGCUCUUCAGCAUCUAGCCAUGGAGGACCUGACUGGGGCCAAGGGGCUUCACUGCCUCUACGUGAGCAGUAAUAACAUCUCUCGUGUGAGCCCAGGCCCAGCCCUGGAAUUAGAGAGACUACACCUGGAUAGGAACCAGCUCCAGACCGUGCCAACAGCAGCCUUGGAGGCGCUGCCCGCCCUCAGGGAGCUGCACUUGUCCAGCAACCCCCUGAGGCUUCUCCAGGACAAGGCCUUUCUGCCCGUGGCCAGCUCCCUCCAGCACCUCUACCUAAAUGGCACAGGGCUUCAGCAGAUUUCUCCAGGGGCCUUUGCUGGUCUGGGGCCUGGGCUCAGGAGUCUGUACCUGGAGAAGAAUCGGCUGCAGACGUUGCCGGCCAUGGAUAGUUUCACGGGGCUGGAGCUCAUCAACCUCAGUGGGAACCCCUUCCACUGUGACUGCCACCUCCUCCCGCUGCACAGGUGGCUCGCUGGUCUCAACCUUCGAGUGGGGGCCACCUGUGAGUUCCCAGCCACUGCCCGGGGCCAGAAGGUCAAGGCUGCUACAGCCGCCUUUGAGGCCUGCCCAGGCUGGGGGACCAAGAAAGGCAAGCGCAUCCUACCAUCAGCACAGAGAAAAACCAGAAAAGCCCAAGGCAAGAGGAAGCAGUUGGGACCAGCCAAGGUGGGGAAGGCAAGACCUGGAAAAAGGAGCAGACAUGUUUGAGAGCUGGGACUCACGAUAGAAGGCUGCUGGACCUGCCUGCAUCUUUUCAGCUAACUUCCGGGCCCCUCUCAGAUGGCGACUUGAUGAGGAGGGGAGGCUGACUUGUGUCUUCACCUAAGUUUUGCUCACAGUUUUCACCUCAUCCUCUGAUGCAACGAAUGCGUGUGCUGCUUAGCUGCCUGGUAGAGGGGG